GGUACUGCGCAUGCGCACUAUGAGUAGUCCUUGGCUGUUCGGCCCGCUGUAGGUUACAGACACAGAUCCGGAGUCAACAUGCAGAGUUGGACGCAGGUUUACCGCUCUUUGGCCACGCGGAGCCACCAGCUCCCCUGCAAACUGCACGGAGCGACAGCGCUGUCCGUCAGAAGCUACGCCGACAAAGCUGCAAUCGAUGCAGACGUCACGGUGGUGGGUUCAGGGCCCGGAGGAUACGUCGCCGCCAUCAAAGCUGCACAGCUCGGCUUCAAGACAGUCUGUGUGGAGAAAAAUGCCACGCUGGGAGGCACCUGUCUGAACGUGGGCUGCAUCCCCUCCAAGGCUCUGCUGAAUAACUCCUAUCUGUACCACAUGGCUCACGGCAAGGACUUUGAGAGCAGAGGCAUCGAAAUUGCAGGCCUCACGUUGAACCUGGAGAAGAUGAUGGCCCAGAAGAGCGGAGCGGUCAAAGCUCUGACCGGAGGAAUCGCUCAUCUCUUCAAACAGAACAAGGUGACCCAUGUGAACGGAUAUGGGCGGAUUUCGGGGAAAAACCAGGUGACGGCGGUGACGGCUGACGGCAGCGAGCAGGUCAUCAACUCCAAAAACAUCCUGAUCGCCACCGGCUCCGAGGUCACACCUUUCCCCGGGAUACUGAUCGAUGAGGAGACCGUGGUGUCGUCGACGGGAGCGUUGUCUCUGAACAAAGUUCCCGAAGAGAUGAUCGUGAUCGGAGCCGGAGUCAUCGGAGUGGAGCUGGGGUCAGUGUGGCAGCGUCUGGGCUCUAAAGUGACGGCGGUGGAGUUCCUGGGUCACGUUGGAGGCAUGGGGAUCGAUAUGGAGAUGUCUAAGACCUUCCAGAGGAUUCUGCAGAAACAGGGCCUGAAGUUCAAACUCAGCACGAAAGUGAUGGGCGCCACGCGCCGGCCCGACGGGAAGAUCGACGUGGCAGUGGAGGCAGCAGCUGGAGGGAAGAACCAGACCCUGACCUGCGACGUGCUGCUGGUGUGUGUCGGCAGACGGCCGUUCACUCAGAGCCUCGGCCUGGACUCUGUGGGCAUCGAGCUGGACAACAGAGGGAGAAUCCCCGUCAACGGGCGCUUCCAGACCAGCGUGCCCAGUAUUUUUGCGAUCGGGGAUGUGAUCGCCGGCCCGAUGUUGGCCCACAAAGCGGAGGACGAGGGCAUCAUCUGCGUGGAGGGCAUGGCGGGCGGAGCCGUGCACAUCGACUACAACUGCGUCCCCUCCGUCAUCUACACCCACCCCGAGGUGGCCUGGGUGGGCAAGACUGAGGAGCAGCUCAAAGAGGAGGGCGUCCCGUACAAAGUGGGAAAAUUCCCCUUCGCCGCUAACAGCCGAGCGAAGACCAACAACGACACUGACGGCAUGGUGAAGAUCCUCAGCCACAAGGAGACAGACAGGAUGCUGGGAGCUCACAUCGUGGGGACGGGGGCAGGAGAGAUUAUUAAUGAAGCUUGCCUGGCGAUGGAGUACGGAGCUUCCUGUGAAGACAUCGCCAGAGUCUGCCACGCACAUCCUACGGUGUCGGAGGCCUUCAGAGAAGCGAACAUCGCCGCCUCAACUGGGAAAGCGAUCAACUUUUAAUCCCGUUGUCUUCCCUUCAGUGUAAAUAACGAGGAGACCUGUGUUAUUUAAAUGUUCUCACAAUAAAAGAGGCUCCAGCGCUGACCUCAGAUCAGUCUCUCUGCUCUGUACAAACACUGCAGAGAGCAGAGAGACUGACCUCAGAUCAGUCUCUCUGCCCUCUACUAACACUGCAGAACAUCACCACUUAUUUACAGAACAUAGAGAUAUAAAUAUUAUUAUUACCUUCCUGCCGGGUCGCUGUGCUUCCUCUCUUAAAGGAACAAGUGUUUUUGUUAUUUUUACAGAAUUGAACAUGACGAAAGUGACGUGUGAUCAGAGCAGGAAGAUGCACGUUUUGCAGGUUGGAUAGACUCCUAGAAAUUAAGAGGCUGGAGUUUUAAUCACAAGAGGAGUUUCAAUUGAAGAGGCGAGAAAUUAGCACCCGAAUUCUGCAUUUCAUAAAUUAUUAUUGGCUGUAUUUCUGCUUCAAUUCUUUAUUUUUAAUUUGCCAGAACAACAAAUGCUAGCAGAAAAAGUUGCAGAAUUUAGGAAACCUAAAAUCUAAAUUAAUAAUCGUUUUUAAAGGUCUACUUUCUUGUUGGUUUUUUUCAGCUUUCAAACUCUUUUCAGUCAAAAUCCAUGUGUUUAAUAUUAAAAUACAGAACGCACUCCUUUGCAGCAACACAUGGGACAAGUCAACGCUAAAAAACAUGACAUUUAAGGAACAAAAACGGGAUUAAAUGUAUGAUUUCACCGUUUUGGGAAUUCUGCUGUAUUCAUUAAACGCACAAACUUAAAGGUC